UUUGUCGCGUAUAUGUACUACAUACAUGUAGUAUAUUGGUACACAAAUAUCAGUGUUUUUAUUGAAGUGUACCACAAUAGGAAAGAAAACAUUGAAAUGAUUGUUAAUUUAAGAAAUAAGUUUAGAACACUAUCUUUGCCUAUUGUGCUAAUUAUUGAAAGCAUCCAAUCAAAGCAAGCAAAUAAUGUGUGUGUUUAUUGCUACAAAAACAAAGUUUAUUUUAAAAGCAACUUUCAGUCUCAAUUUCCAUAAUAAACAAAACAGUUAAAAUCAACACACAGUCAAUAUUGAAUAACAGCAACAUUGAAUAAUUACUUCAAAUGUUAGAAUCUAUAAGUUCUGUGAAUGAUAUAUACAUUCAUGAUUUCAACAGAGUUGGUUACAUUUUCUCUUUUUCUGCUGUAACUGGAUCAAUUAGCAACUUCUGGUGAAAUGUUAAUUGGGUACAGACUAUGAAUAUACUUUAAAACCAUGGAAACUAUAAAUUAUAUACUGACAAAGUAACAUUCAUAGUCUGUUGCCACACAAUGAUGAGGUUUAGGGGAAUCCACCAUGCAGUUAGAUGCAACUUUUAUAGUACAUAUAUGCAUAACACAAUAAAUUCAGUACAGAUCCAGGCUCCAGCAAACUUUUUCACUCCAGCAAGAAUUUUGGGACUGCUAGUAUGAGCUUUGAUAAGGUUGUCACUAUUAGACAUGAUCUUAAAGUGACAUCAUUUAUCUUUGAUGCACUCAAUUCUUUUGUAACACAGGCUGUACUAGCAGAUAGUGACAUCAAUAACACUACUGGACUCAAUGGAACUACUAGUAAUGAUGACAGAAAAAAAAAUGAAACUAUUGUGUUAAGUGUUUUUGGUUCCUUGUAUUUUAUUGCCUCUUUGAUGCAUUUCAUUAUAUUUGUUGUGUAUUGUCCCUUGAGAGAUCAAAGUUGGACUUGUGACACAUCACGUGAUGGCAUCAUAAAUCGGGUUAAGGAUGAGAUUUGUUAUGUGUAUAGAAAGUGCAAGAAUUUCAAAGUUAUUGUGAUGCUCAUCAUCAAUUUCUUGCUACUUUUAUCUACUUGGUCCUGUUUUGUUGGAGACAAUUUGCACUCAUUUGGAACUCUAACUGAGAAUACAAGGAUUACUUCAAUAGUAAUGCUUUUUGCUGGACUCACUGGAUAUCGCCUCAUUCCACUAAUUAAAGAAAAAGUCAAAGACUUACAUGAAGAAUACAGAAACGAUGAUCAAAAUAAUGACAAUCAAAAUAGUAUUAACCAUCAAAAUAACGAUGAAAAUCAAAAUAACAAUUGCUGCAUACCAGUAUGCUGUCUAAAUAAGAUGAGGAAGCUUAAUUGGAAAUUAUUUUAUGCUACUAUUGAUAUUUUACAUUUGGUUCCAGAAAUUGACGGCUGGUUUACCAACUUCACUGCAUUAGUAGCUCUUACAAAUGAUGAAGCGUGUCCUAAAAAAUAUAAUGCAGCUUUUUGGAUAAUGUAUGCUUUGGUUUUAGCAGUAACUGCCUCUCUACCUGUUAUUGCUGUGAUAAAUUUAUACUGUUUCUGUAAGAAGAAUGCACAGCAAGAUGAUACAGCAACACAGCAAAGCAAUCCAGAAAAUGCACAGCAAGAGAAUCCAGAAAACACACAGCAAGACAACCUUAGAAACAAGCAGCAAAAGUGCCAAAAGAAACUCAAUACCAUUUAUUUAACAAUUCUUUCUUUUAUUAUGCUCUUCAUCACUGCUUUAUUCCUUAUUGGAGACAAUACUCAGCCUCUUGACUGUUCGAAGGAUGAUAUGUUAGUUAAAAACAAACUCCGAUUUAGUUUUGUCCUUGUGGCACUUUUUGUAUAUGCCUUAAUGCUCAUUCUAUCUCCAGUGAUACGUUACUGCGACUGUUGCAUGUCAUCCACAAUAGUGCCAUUGACGGGUGAGACUAGAGAGACUACACCAUCAACAAACUAACAGACAGACAAUCAAUAACAUUAACAUUAACAUUAUAGCCAAUAACAUUAGCCCAAAAUUAAUGCUGUAAGAUACUAUGUUAUAAUUUUGCAUUGUAAUUUUGCUGAAUUUAUGUACAUGUAGCCCAUGCAGUGCUGUUACCACUAUAGAAGUUAAAUAUAACACUAUUAUUUUUGCUAAUUUGAUGCUAAAAUUAUUCUUUUAAUAUAAUAUUUUUAAGUUGCAAUAGAGUUGCUGCUGGUGAGAGAUUUGAAUUACUUAGUUUGUAGCUUAAAAAGAGUGAUAACUGAUAAUAGCUAUUGGGAUAUAGACCUAUGUACAAAAUUUAAUGGGGUUAUAUUAGAAAGUCUUAAUUGUGGAAACUUAGCUUGGAAUGAGGUACAGAGUCUAAAACAGUCUAAAUGCAAUACACUUCUGCAUGAGUACAUGAUCAACGCUAAUAGUAAUCAUUAGAAACAUUCCACCACACACACACACACACACUGUUGCAUGCUGAAUAUCCUAAAGGGGACGUCUAGGAAAAGUCUAUGAUGCAGAAAUCCAGAAUGACUUAGCAAGGAUAUGAGCAGUUCUAAGCAACAAUAGGUUUAUUCAUGAUCAUUAUUCAAUUUACCAGAAUGCCAUAAAUAUAAUUAAGAAUUCCUGUACUACACUAUAAGUGAAGUAUCAAGGUAUAGGCUGCAUUCAAGAGACAGUCAGAAUGAGCACUGGAAAAGUAAGUAGUUAAAAAUAAUUUGAUCAGUAAUAAUAUGUUUUUUCUUAACAGAUUGUAGUUAUUCGAAAUGAAAUUAAGAUUACACCCUUCCUUUUUGAUGCCUUCAACACUUUCGUGACACAGCUAGUAAUAGUAACAAAUGGAGACAAUGAGACGAAUAAAUACAUCAUUGGUGGAGUCAUUGGUAUAUUAUAUGUAGCUGCCUCAGUAUUUCAGUAUUUUUGGCAUCUACGCUCUCAUUACCGUGUGCAUAAGGAUGACAUUAAAGACAAUGAUAAUUGGGAAAGACUUAAAUUUGUUACAAUGUGCAUUCUAAAUUUAUUUUUUGUUUUGGGUUCUAUUUCAUGCUUUUUUGGGGAUAACUUGCACAUUUUUGGAGACCAAGACCAGAAGGCUGGAAUUGCUUCUGUAUCUUUGCUGUUCAUUGGUCUCAUUGGAUUUCGUCUUAUUCCAGCAAUAAAAGAUGAGAUUAAUAAUCUAUUUGAAGAUAAGGAAGAUGCUGAUGAUGAUGAUGAUGAAGAGGAUCCAUGGACGCUAUGGAAUAAAACUGUUGAUAUCCUACAACUAGCUCCAGAAAUUGAUGGCUGGUUCACUCAUUUUGCUGCACUUGUGUUUGUUGAGCAGACCCUUGGGCAGGCCUCAUCAUGUGGAGCUGUAUCAUUUAUUUGCAUCUUCAUCAUCAUACUAGCUUCAUUGCCAGUAUUUCUUGCUAUUGGCCACUUAAAAAUGAUAUCAGCAAAGGAUAGAAAACCAGAAAAAUGGUUCCAGCUAGUUGUUUACAUUUUCAUGUUUAUCAUUGUAGUUCUGUCCUUGAUUGGUGACAACAGUCAACCACUUGACUGUUGGAGUUCUAAAAAUUGCAGCUUUGAGAUUACUACCAAUAAUAGCAGUUUCCUGAUUGAUGACAAUACUUACAAUAACUUCACUUUCAUGGACACUCAAGCACUUGACUGCAGUGACAACAAAGCAGCAAACAUAGUCCGUAUUAUUUUUUCUGCUUUGACAUUUAUUAUAUAUUCAGUCUUACUCAUCAUAGCUAGAAUAACUGUUAUAUGCAAUCCUUUCGAAAAAAUAAAAGAGUGGUGGGAUAAAAUAAAAGAGUGGUGGGAUGAAAAAAAUAUAGUG